AUGCCUCCAUUCCAAUGUUGGAUUCAUUUUAAUAGUGACAAGGAUGAACUGACCUUUCGGGAUAUAACCAACUACAACCGUUUGAUACCAUUGAUCAGAGAAUCUAAACAACUGGGUCUUGGCGACGGUCCGAUCUAUUUGUACGCAAACAAGGAGCUCACUGAAUUCCUAGAUCCCGAACAUCCUGUAAAUACUACAACCAAUCAUAUCUAUCUAAGACAAGUUCCUGCUUCAUCUUCUAGUAAUCAACAAAAUAACAUAAUAAAUUUGAAGAGUAAUACUACUGGUCGUAGUGAAUAUAACGUAACUAAGAUUAUUCAUCUUCCUGCUACGAUUAUGGUACCAACACAUCCUGAACCAUUGAAGCUAUAUGAAAAUGCCCUCAAUCUAUAUGAUGAUGGAUAUUGGACUUGCGAUAUCUGCAACUCAGAUAACUUAUCACCAGAUGAAACAUUCUACCAUUCCCAAAACGAAUUUGAUAUAUGUUUAAGAUGCUAUCUACAACUUUCUAAAUAA